UGCUCUGACCUGCUGGUUUGGUUGUAGCGAAGAGGCGGCGCGCCGGAAAGCUAGAGGAUAGCACGAAGCAAGCCCAACACAACUUUGGGGCCUGUGUGUUCGCGUUUUAGCAUUCAACGUAAAACAUUGAUAGGUGUCUGCGAAGCGAUUUCCGAGUCACGAACACCCUGUGCAAACACCUGUUUAUGCGAGCGGAGUAAGCGUUCUGGCCUUGGUUAACUUAGCUAACGUUGGGCCCAGCUAGCGCUAGCCGUGGAACUGACUUUUCACCAGCAAAAGCAAAACAAGGAAUGAGUGAUGACCUCUGUGGUGGUGUCAGAUGGUGGAGGGAAUAUAGUGGAGUAUGUCACUGUGGUGGAGGAGCCCCAGCAGCAGCCUGCUGAGGAGGAGGAGGAAGAAGUUGUUCAGCAGGAAGUGGAGGCAGUGAUUAUGGAGGAAGAUGUAGAAGGGGAGGAGGGGGUGGUGCUGCAGGAAGAAGGCUGUCCCGCAGUGAUUGUAGAGGAGGUGCCCAGCGCUCAGGUGGAAGAGUGCUACUCGGCUCAGGUGCUGGUCUACGAUGAUGAGACAUACCUGAUGCAGGAUGUGGCCGAGGAGCAGGAGGUUGUGACAGAGGUGGCUGAGACUGUGGAGAUGUCAGGUCACGACAUGGUGUGCUUUGACAAAACGUUUGAAGCAGCUGAAGCUCUCCUGCACAUGGAGUCUCCUGGAGGAAUGCACAGUGAACGCAGCACAGCAGAUGAUGUGAUGAUGGAAACGGUGGUGGAGGUGUCUACAGAGUGUGGACCCAUAGAGGAAGAGACCUUCCCCAUCCCUCCUGACUGUGAACCUGUAGCCAAGAAGAAGAGAGGAGGUGGACGUAAGCCCAAGACACACCAGCCUUCUUCCAAUGGCUCCUUCGAUCUGGGCAUCAAGAAGAGGCCGAGGGAGGGUAAAGGUAACACCACCUACCUGUGGGAGUUUCUGCUGGAGCUGCUGCAGGAUAAAAACACCUGUCCCAGAUACAUCAAGUGGAUGCAGAGAGAGAAGGGCAUCUUCAAACUGGUCGACUCCAAGGCCGUGUCCAAACUGUGGGGGAAACACAAAAACAAGCCUGACAUGAACUACGAGACUAUGGGCCGGGCCCUGAGGUAUUACUACCAGCGUGGCAUCCUCGCCAAAGUGGAGGGUCAGCGGCUGGCCUACCAGUUCAAAGACAUGCCCAAAAACAUACGAGUGAUCGACGAUGAUGAGGAGGCCGAGAUGGUGGAGGACAGCGAGACCAUGGUGUCCAGUCAGCACCCGGCUCGCCAGCAGGGCCAGAUCAGCCUGGGCACCAAUUCCCCUGCCGCCACCCAGCCUCAGCAGACAUAUGUGACUGUCAUCCCCAGCAACGCCACUACCAGGCCUAUCCGAGCCAUGCCAGUGGUCAUGACCAACUCAUUAGGUCAAGUGACAUUAAACUCUCCACCCAUCCUCACCACUACCACCGGCGUCCCAGUGACUGUAGCGAGCACCUCCACCAGCACUGCCCCCAAACUGGUGAUCCAGGCACUGCCCACCAUGCUGCCUGCUGGCUCCAAAGCAGGAGAGAAGAUCACCAUCAUCACAAUCCCAGCCAACCAGCUGGCCACACUCAUGCAGGCCAACCCAUCAGGCCAGGUCACGCAGCUCAUCCAGGCUAAACCUAUCACCACACAGCUAGCGCAGGCCACCGUCAAACCGCAGCUCAUCCUGGCCAAACCGGCUGCAGUGGCCCAGGCGCUGCCACAGCUCUCUGUCCAGGUGGGCCAGCCUCAGUCUGCCCCUACCGAAACCCCCAUCCAGCCCCAAAAGCUUUCCACCAGUCAGCCAGAAGCAGCACUAUCAGAGGUGCCAGCAGAGGCUCUGCCCCCCUCCAGCUCGCCAGCGGCAUCAGUGGAAAAACCAUCGUCCUGAGAGCCAGGGCUUCCAAGGGGGUAAAGGGUGGAGAGGGGUGUACAGGAAGUGACUGUGGACACUGCUGAGGAAGUGCUGGGCACAUCCCACACCACCUCUUUCUGACUUAAAACUGAGCUGCACCCUGAUUGGCUCAGACUGUCCGACCGAUGCUGGUCUCUAAGGAGACACCUGCUCUCACUAUGGAGCUGCUGAAACCCUGCAGACGAUAAAGGGACUGUUCAUCAAACAAACUGAUGGUUCAGAGCUCAGAAACACGGGCAGCUUUAGUUUGUAAAUGAGAAAGUCCUUUUUGUAAUCAAAGCUAACAUAAAAGGCUAACAGAUGUUGUAAACAGAAGCUUAAAAAGCAUUUUUGAUACUCAGCAGGUAUAUAUCAGUACAUGUAGUUUGAAUUCCCUGUGGCGCUCAUUGGGGUACAUUAGACUUCCAGCUUUCUGUUAAAGACUGCCACUGCAACUUUAAAUGGCAGAGAGAGCGGGGGUGCUGCUUCAGACACGUUAACCUACUGUUUGAUUAAUGGGAAGCAGAGCAUGUCUGACACGGGCAUUUGUUUCAGGCAGAGCUCUGCUUCUCCACAGCACUCACAUUCUCCCACUGUUCUCCUCAUUUUGUACUGUCCCCAGAAAGGGAGUCAAGGAUGUCUGUGUCCAGCUAAAUGAACAAGUGGUGUGCUCCACAGAAGUAUAAUAUACUUUUUUUUUCUUGUACUCUGUACUUGUAUUGAAGUAGAUUUUACUGAAAUAUGUAUUAUAAAAAACAAAUGUGAAUUAAAA